UUGCCAGCUUCACUGCUGGCAAAACAGAGCUGCAAAAUCUGCUGUCACUGUGCACUACUUCUGCUUCAGGGCUGGGGAAUCUGCCAGGGAGAAAAGUUGAUAUCCUUUGAUAGGGAUAGGGAGUCCAUGCUCUGCCCUUUGCUGUGGCCCCUGCACUGUCUGGUCACAGCCAGGCCAGCCAUCCUGGGGUGAGCACUGAGCAAGCCCUUUAUUUCAGGUGUCCCUAAUACACUCAAGCCACAGCCCUGGAUUUUCUGCCUACUGUGCCAGAAUUUCUCUCCUCACGUGGCAACCAUGUUUCAAUGCUCUUAGAGUGGUGGGAAAGUCCCUUGUGAAGUCAAACACAUGAGCCUUCAGUCCCCAGCCCACCCUGUGUGUGCGUGGAGGGAGGCAUUUGCUGCAGCGCAGAUAGUGGCUGGAUUCCAGCUCUGCCAUGGCUUGGUCCAUCAUCCUGCUGUCCCUGAGGUCUGCCUCCACCUUGGGAACAGGAGCACACACCUGAGCUACUCUUAUUUCUCUUGCAGGGCAGUGCUCUGCUUAGGUAAAGGGUCGUUUGGGGCAGCCAUACACUCCUCAUACUUCCUCUGUUCAGUGUCGAGUUCAGCACCACAGCUGAUGAAUGCAAAUGACCAGCCCUGGCACAAAUGUAAUCCUGGGAUGCAGGUGGAAUUUGCUGAUGCAUCCUCACAGAGGUUGAUUUCUUACUGGGUUUUUUUUGGGUUUUUUUUGGUUUUUUGACCUGAGUGGCCAAUCAAAAACUCGAUGUCCCAUUUAGGACAGAAAUUGGUUGUCAUCCUCUGGAUUUGCACACAAAAUGUGGUUCUGUAAGGAUGAUAUUUAACCUGAGAGGGAACAGUGAAGCUUAACUGUGUGGCAAAGGAGCACACCAGGCUGUUGUGGUGGCCAAACUGCCUCAGCUGUGUUGUCCUCAUGGACAAAUUGUGGCCAGCAACACCCUCUGCUCUUCAGCUUGAACUUGCUGGUGUCCUCAGGUGCUUUGGCUUGGUGUGUGACUGCCCUUGAGGCCACUUGUUUCUUGGAGCUGAUGUAAGAGAGGGAGGGCUGUUUCUAUGCUGCUGAAACACAGGUUUGUACCUUGCUACCAGCUGUUGGAGCAGUUUUAGGCACUCAGUUGGUUUCAGAUCAAUGCUGUUGAUCUUGUUCAAAGUUUUAAAUUUUUGAAGGGAAACAAACCCUUAUCUUGAAAUGUAUAUUAGUUUUAAAACUAGUUUGUUUUGCCUUGUUGUUAACUUGUUUGUUCAAGCUUUAAUCAAAAGUCCCAGAGCUUCAAGUGAGGAACUUGAUGCAAACUCAGGUGUCAUUUAGAAAAAGAUGUUGUCCUUUUUAAUAAUAAAGAACAGAACAGACUAUGCACCCUGCAACGGCAUAGAAAACAAUAGCAAUUGCAGUUGUCUAAUCUCUCCUCCUUGUGACUUCAGGCUGUGUGUGGCUGACAACACAUUAUCAGGUCAGCUUGCGGUGCAUACAUUUACAAGCUCUUGUUAUUUUAAGUGUGUCACCAAGCUGCACUUAAAAUAACCUCCACAGCCAAACUCCUCUAACUGGGAUGAUGUGCACACCCGGGCUCUUAAGGUCUUGACCUUUCCUGUUUGGAACAGGACUGUGAGGAGCUGCCAUGCUGCCAUUAGAAGAGCACAUGCUGCAGUGGGGCUCAGACUGGAAGAAAGGAUUGUGGCUGAUGCAUACUGGGGUGCACAGAGGCUGGGGCACGUAUUCACCCUGUGCUCUUGUGAUGUGACAUUUCUACAGGCUGUGACAGUCUUCCAGCUGACCUCCCAACAUUUGUGAGCAAGCUUUGUGGCAAUAAAAGAUGCUGGCAGAAUAAUUAUGAGCAAGUUCAGCUGUACAGUCACUCCAACAGUAACAGCUUUGGCCUCUGUAUUGUGUGUCAAUAAGUCCAAGCCGAAAUCCAUUAAUUACUUGGUUGGGUUUGAAUUCCAGCCUGGCCACUUCACCAGCUAGUUUCCCUAGCUCAUGUUUCUACAAUAAAAUUUCAAGGGUGUAGUUGUUGCCAUUGUGAGAUGCAGAAGAGACUCCAGCUCCUUUGUCAUAGAGUUGGGUUGGCAGAACUAGGGAUUGCGUCAAGCUGUGACUUUUGUCCAUCCCAAAGCUCCAACUGAAUUAAACAUAAAGGGAAAACUUCCCUGCUGGUAACCAGCAAGGGUUUACCCUGGGGCAGGUUCCUGCCCAGAGCUACAGAGAUGUGGCAGCUGCUUGUGACCACAGCCUGGCAUGUGAAGGUGCCUCCCUCCAUCUCCUUCAGGUCUCUUGGAUGUGUCAAGCUGUCCUUGCAGUAAGGAUGGGAGACAAUUUUCAGGUGGACAUUAGCGCUGGCUGUGCUGGCAUGCAGGAGGUGUGAAUGGGGGGAAGGACAGGUGGCAUGGGCUGGUGCUGUCAGUCUGGAUACAUCCUGACUUGCCCCCUGUGGGGUGUCUUCCUUUCAUCCUUCCUGCCCCUAUCUCUGAGCUCCUGUGUCUCCACAGGGAAACAGUGAUGGUGACUAGCUGUUGGCCAACCUAGGCUUUACCUGAAAGCUGAUCUAAAGGCCCUGCAGCUUUCUUAUGCAGCCGCUGCUUCCUGCACACCCCUCCCUUGUGCUGGCCCAGAUGCUUCUGCAACUUCAUGACAAAACUGCUCUGGAGAGGGGCAAGCUCAGCACAUUUUUGUCUGCUACUAUGGAGCUGGGUUCCAGGCAGUGUUAGUUAAGGCUGUGCCAUGGCCAGACUUCCACCCUGGCAGUCACAGCCAUCAGCAGUACUCCCAUGUCUGUGUCAGUCACAUCUGUGCACUCCAGAUCAGGGUCACACAGGGCUUCUGCUGGCAUUUUCACACCUGUGUAUAAGCUGACUGUAAGAUUCACAGUCCUCGUUACAGCUUCAUUAGGCCACAUCACUUUUAUUUUUGCAGUAGGAUGAUCCACUGAUAGCUGUAAAGCCGGGUGGAGAUGAGGCACAGAUGGCUUUUACUUCAGGCUGGUUUUACAAGGUCAUUUCGCAGCUGUAGGCGGUGGUCAAACUGGCAGCGUGGUGAUGCCACAGUGACAGACCCUCUAGGCAGGAGCACUUUUAUUCUCCUUGGAUUUUAAUUUGCUCUUUAGCACCUAUGUUCACUGGUGUCCUAGGGUCAAUUUGUGGUCUGAGUGCGCUUGUGAGCUGGGUGCAUCUGGAGGGGGCAGCACGUGGAAGCCAAGCACUGCUCCCUUGUUUACUGGUGGAAAUUUGAGCUGGGCAGGUGGCGGCAUCUGAGCCACAGCUUCUUCGCUCUGUGCUAAUCGCUGUGAAUGUCACAACACAGCCAGGUUUGCUGCUGGGGGCAGAUUGGGUAGCAGUGGAAUAGUGUUGUACAUCUCAGUUGUGGAAUUCUCUUCCUUGGGGCUUGGAGCCCCUCUGGGCUGCAACUCCCACUGGGAUGCAGGCGCCCUGUCCUCAUCAGGAGUUCUCAGCUUGACUGUACAAGCACUAACAAGCAAUGCAGCCCUAUGGGUGUGGAAUGGACUCGGCACCUUCUGUAUUUCCUUGCAGAGCUUGGCAGGGUAGCAGCUCUCCUUGAGAAUGUAUAGUUCCUAUGGGAUCCUGCAUUGGAUGUUCCAUCUCCUACAUCCUCUGGCUGAGAUGCUGCUGACCUGGUAUGUGCUGGAGACUGGAGCUGAUUCACAACUUGAGAAAGCCUGGCAGGUGUAGGUCUGUCUGACCCAGCCGUGUGAUGGUGCGAGCUGCUGUGAUGGUGGUACAGAGCAACCUCAGGGUCUCCAAGCUACUCUUUAACUGCUGCAUCUGAGGCUUGUCUUUCAGGUGAGAAAGGAGUGUGUAUGUGUAUGGCAAGAAAAGGAAGAGUGUGAUGGUUGAUGCUUAUCCUUCUUUUUAUACCUUUGUUUUUUUUUAAACAUUCAAGCGUGUGAGAGCUGGAAGGUGGAAGAACCAGCCAGCCUGCUUAGAAUACAAAUUCCUAUCACAGCUGUAUCCAGGGGCCCUCCAGGCAUGUGUUAAAGCAAUAACUGGCUAGUGGUUUGUUUUCUCUUUUCCCUUCUCCUCAGGCCAAGAGGAUGUUGCAGGUAUGGUGCAAUAGUUCAUUCUAGGAAGAUUCAGGAUACUUGCAUCUGAAGCUGUGUGGUCUGCCAGUUUGCUCCUUGCAGGAGACUUUUCUGUAGGACUGCAGUGGGGAGAAAUGUGUUGUGCAUAGCACUGCCAGUCUCUGCUGGAAGCAGAUGUGUUGAUGUUAGAACAGCCCUGCAUUUACUUCUUGCUGCCUUCUCAGUCCUGAGCUCUAUAGGAAGCCUUUAGCCCUCACAGAUCUUUUUGAGAAAACAUUUUUGAGAAAACAUCUUUUUAAAAGGAGCAUGAGAAACAAGCAAGGGCUGAGGUUCUCACCUAGUUGUGCAACAUUGCGAACUGAAGCUUUAAGGAGCAGGAAGAAAACAAAAGCAGACAUUUUGGGGCUUGUGGCAGAGUCAGGAGGCUGAUACUGGAGACACUGACCUGUAGGAGUGGGCUCUAGCUGCCAUGUGGGUCCCAGGCAGGCACCCUCUUGUUGCAGACAGGAUGACUGUGCUGAGGCUGCUACCCCACGGCCCUGGCUGGUAGUCAGGCACCCCUGUGUGUUUGCAGCGUACAAGCUUUCCUGCAGAUGGCUCUCUUUACAUUGUUUUUUGCAUCCUCUGGUUUCAUGGGAGAUGCCAGCCGUUCUUUGACUUGGUCUCAGGAGACUCUUGGUGAGCUCAGUAAAUGGGAGAUGUGGUUUCUACCCUGCAGGAAAAGCAACUCACCCUGCUUUUCUCACGUGGCAUUGGGCUGGGUGCUGUGCCCUGACAGGGCAACAGUGUCUUUCAUGUUGUCCUUUUGUUUCAGACCAGCAAAGAUGCUGCUGUAGAUGACUAACGUGCUUGUGCUUCACAUACUAUGGCACUACAUGGCGUCUGCAGGACCAGGCCAUGCUAAUCUGGGCCCCAAACAGCAGAAGAGCAUUGGGCUGGAGUCAGGCACCCUUUCGGCAGAAAGAUCUGAGCCGUGCUGGGCCUGGUGCCUUGCUCAGCAGCAGGCGAAACCCAUCUGGAAUUUAGAGGAGAGAUAUGAGAGUGCUUUCCAGCAUCGCAUCCUGCUCCCCUCAGGGAUUCCUCUGCAGCAAUCCUGCCUCUUGUGCCCACCGUCACUCUGCCAUGCACAGCCCACUGAAGACAGCCUCCAAAGCCCUCCAGACACUGGUUCUGUCACGGGAAGGGUGAUGUCUUCCAUACUGAUGGAACCCUGCCGGCUGGCAGAGGAGUGCUCUGGUACUGGGGUCAAAGGCUCUGCCCUCAGCUCAGGUCAGCAGGCUGCCAGCUCCUCUAGACCAGUGCUCAAUAACAACUCCUUCCUAUGGCCAAGCAGUGCUAAAGUGCCUUUUCUGCAGUCGCUGAAGAUGAAAAAGGUGGAAAACACCCAGAAUUUUCCUGCUGUUUCAUGGUCCUACUCCGGAGACAAUAGAGACAGCUUCCCUAGCAGCCUGAUCAACAGAGCAGUGACAAACAGCAGUGUUGUGUCAGAGCAAAACACAAUCCCCUCCCUUGCCCCUGUGCCAAGCAGCGCGAUCCUCAGGAAGGAGCAGUGCUCAUUGGAUGACGCUAAGGGGAGACUUCUCAGCUCAAAAGAGAAGGAACCAAAGAGCCUCUUUAAGGCUGUGCAGCAGCUACCUAGUCAGGCUGUCACACACAGAGGCUUUGGGUGCCAAGUUGAAAGUUCUGGCCUUAUGAAUGUGGGUAGCCUAUCCAACCAGAACAGCAGGAGGAGGCAGCAUGCUGGAGUGCAGAUCAUCCGGAAAGAAACCAUUGCUCCCCUGAACAUGGAGCUGGGGAGCCAUCGCCUUACCAGUAACUCGAGCCUUACUGGCACCUGUGAUGCCGCUGCCCGCACUAAGCGGAUCAGUGACCGUCCCUUGGCCUCGUGUGCCGGCGUUCCCGACUGCAGCACCGGCUGCUGUCCCGCAGGCAUGCUGAGCCCUAUGUGUGUGGGGGGCUGCCGGGCAAGAACAGAGUCUCUGCAUUUCACUGCCAUCUCUGAAGUGGCAGCGCAGGUGUCCACCAUCCAACUGGAGAAAGAGGACAAACAGGCCCAGGCUGUGGUCCCAGGAAAGCUUGAUGCUACUGCUGAGAAGUCACUGCUGGAGCUGAGCCAUCCGCAGGAUGAAGCAGAGGAAGAACUUCCUGAUGGCCUGGACGAGAGCUGCAGUCAAGAGGAGUAUGAAGACAGUGACUCGGAUGCUUCCUCUGAUGCUGAUGUGUUGUCCAGUGGCUCUGUGAUUCCUGGAUCCAGGAGUUGCAUCGAGUGCCUGGCCCAACCUACUGAAGCUCAAGACAAAGUGCUCAAACCAGCUCUUGUCUGCAGUUUAUUCCCUAAUGUGCCUCCAACUAUCUACUUCAGUACUCGGGAUGAGACAGUGGAAAAACUGCCUUGGGAGCAGAGGAAGCUGCUGCGAUGGAAAAUGUGCAGAGUCACACCUAACAUAGUGAAGCAAACCAUUGGCAGGUCCCACUUCAGGGUUAGCAAAAAAAGCAAUGACUGGCUGGGUUGCUGGGGCCACCACAUGAAAUCUCCUGGCUUCAAAGCCAUCAGAGAGCACCAAAAGCUAAACCACUUCCCUGGUUCAUUUCAAAUUGGAAGGAAGGACCGUCUGUGGCGUAACCUGGUGAAGAUGCAGGCUCGCUGCGGGAAAAAGGAGUUUAAUUUCUUCCCUCAAUCCUUCAUCCUGCCCCAGGACAUCAAAUUACUCAGGAAAGCAUGGGAGGAAGGAGCCAGCCGGCAGAAAUGGAUUGUGAAACCACCAGCAUCAGCAAGAGGCAUUGGUAUCCAGGUUAUCCACAAAUGGAGCCAGCUCCCCAAAAGGAGACCACUUCUAGUACAGAGAUAUCUGCACAAACCCUACCUCAUUGGCGGGAAGAAGUUUGACCUGAGGAUCUACGUUUAUGUCACUUGCUAUGAUCCCCUCAGGGUCUACCUGUUCAAGGAUGGAUUGGUUCGCUUUGCUAGCUGCAAGUACUCCUCCUCAAUGGAGAGCCUCAGCAACAAGUUCAUGCACUUGACCAACUACAGUGUGAACAAGAAGAACACAGAAUACAAAUCCAACUCGGAUGAGACUGCUUGUCAGGGACACAAAUGGGCACUCAAAGCUCUCUGGAGUUACCUGACCCAGAAGGGAGUUAAUAGUGACGCCAUCUGGGAGAAGAUUAAGGACAUUGUUAUCAAAACCAUCAUCGCUUCUGAGCCCUACGUGAACAGCCUGGUGAAGUUGUAUGUGCGCCGACCGUAUUGUUGCCAUGAGCUGUUUGGGUUUGAUAUUAUGCUGGAUGAAAACCUCAAGCCCUGGGUCUUAGAAGUCAACAUUUCCCCAAGCCUCCACUCCAACUCCCCACUGGAUGUGAGCAUCAAGGGCCAGAUGAUUCGGGACCUCCUCAACCUCGCUGGCUUUGUUCUGCCCAGCAUGGACAGUAUGGCCUCAAGGACACCGACAAGAAGUGACUUUACAUGCAGUCUGGGCAGUGCUUUGAAGGAGAAGCCCAAGCCAGUAUCUGAGCAUUUGAGAGCAGAGAAAAUGAAGAAGGCCUAUUACUUGAUGCAGAAGAUACCUGACCAGGAUUUUUAUUCUUCUGUCUUGGACAUCCUGACUCCGGAUGACGUUCGCAUCCUGGUGGAGACAGAGGAUGAGUAUUCCCGGCGUGGGCAGUUUGAGCGGGUGUUCCCUAGCCACAUCUCCAUGCGGUACCUGCGCUUCUUUGAGCAGCCUCGUUACUUUAACAUCCUGGUGACCCAGUGGGAGCUCAAAUACUACUUGAAUAGACACAAAGGUCUGGAGCUACUGAAGAACUGGUGUGUCAAAGGUUACCACACUGGGGCAGGGAUGGAUUUGGCCCAGAUGUGGUCAUUGCCAAAGUCGUUCUUCCUCCAGAAGAGUAGCAUUCAAUCAAACGGAUUCAGCAAACUGGAACUGGGCAGACUGGGCACAUGCCUCCCUUCAGCUGGUGAGGAUCUCAUGAGAUGCCUGGAGCCCAGCCCUACUCAGAGCUUACAUCUCAACAAGUGCACUGGUGGAGGCAACCAGAGACCUGCUGACACUGCCCUGGUGAUGUGACCAAGCAGCCACUGUCCCUCCCUAGGGACACAUCAACCUACCUCAAAGGAAGAGACAGGAGAUGGCUCUGUAGAUAAAGGACUGUGGGAGCCCCUUGCACUGCACACUUGUUUUGGGGCUGUUUUUAGAGAGGGGUGUUUUCCUGGGCAAAGAGGAGUCCUGUGUGACUUCAGUUUCUGAAACAAGCAGCAAAGCCUGAGGAAGUGGGGGUUAUCUGGCCUUUGUCCUAGACUGUUCUUAAAGCCUGACAUGGUGGUUUCUUUGCUGCGUAGGAGCUGGCUGAGCUUGCAUUUCUUGUCCCUAGUCAUCACAGGCUGAGCCCUUGCUCACCUGUGUCUGUGUCCUGAGUUGCUGGCAGCUGAGUCUGUUCUUGCCCUGCUGCAGCCUGGCCCCUGGAGACAAGUCCCCAGUCCUCAUGCCUGGGAGGGAAAACUGCCCAGUUUUAUUCUUUCUGAAUGUCUGUGCCAGCAUCCUGCCCCCACCAGGAACAGGCCCUGCAGGAGACCUCAGGCUUGCACAUCACAGCUCCAGAGAGACCACGGGUACCAGUGUGGCUCCAGUUUGAUGUGUUGUUAGUAGGGCUGCUGGGGAGGGAGCAUCCUUCUCAAGGCCAUUGGCUCUCUGGUGUGCCCUGCAGCAUGUGUGCACAGACUGCAGGCUAGUGCUCUUCUCUUGGGUCUGCUUUCUAUUUUCCCUUUGUUUCUCAAGGAUUUCUAUUAAAGAUUUAACAGUCAA